AUGAGGUGGGAUAUCUUGGCGACGGAGCUCUGGUGGCGGAACAGGAGGUGGAAGCGAUGGCGAAAUAUGAAGUGGAUGACAGAUCAAUUGGGAGAGAGACGAAUACCAAUCCACCAGGGUCGACCACAACCUUUGCUGCUACCGCCUCAAGCUGAUAUCGGUCUUCUCGACCGAACGGCCCGUCAAACACCCACAAAAACAUCAAUCGCUGCCAUACACGAUCUCUUCCACAUCUGCUUCAACUUCGUCGCUGGCUCACACUUUUCCGUCUCGGUCAACCUUGGCGUUCUUCCUAUUUUUUGUUCAAGGCCGGAAAAGGUCAACGGCACCGGUGUUGUGAUUUGCAAAGCUUCUGAGAGGUGGGAUUGCUUCAAUCGAUAUAGAAUAGGUCACAACAGGUGGAGAACAAAUACGGGCUAUAGAGAUCCAAACCUAAAUCGGGGAAGACGCUGCAUCGACAGAGAUGGUGAAACUUUUAUCGGCCAAAUAUUUUCAGCAACAGGUAGAUCAGCAAUGGGUACAGGAAAAUAUGAGUUUCAGUUAAGUUGUUGCCUUCUUCCGGAGGGCAAAUCGUCUCCACCGUUGAUCCCACCUGAAUCGACUGUAACUGUAGCGGUUCCUUUUUGCACUUGGUUGCCCUUCCAUUUCAGUAAAAAAAAUGCGUGGAAUGAAUCUUACAAGUGGAGAAUUCAGUUUCGUAUGAAUUUUUUACGUUGGAGAAAUUGAUAGCUGCAUGGUAUGUCGGUCUUAGUCUUAGAUAAUGAUGUGAUAUAACUUCAUUGUGGAAAGUUGAACUGGAUGGGAAGAUGGAUGGGGCUGUUGAGACCUGCUGUAUAAUCUCUUUCAAUUUAGCAAUGUACAUUUUUUUUAUAGCAUACUACAACACUUUGAUAUCUUUUCUUAUUAACACAUUGUCCUAUGAAAAUUCUAUCCAAUUAUUGGAUUGUAUUUUCAAAAUUUUCUUAUUAUAACAUUUACACUGUUUAUAAAUGGGCA